UUCAAUAUAUUGGUGAUCCCCCCAUCCGACUUCCAGGAUUGAUGUACAUAACAUGUCAAAAUGUGUGGCCUUCUGAAACGCAACAUGUUGACCCCAAAGUAGCCUAUGAACCGAGGAAGUAGUUUUGUAAAAUAAUUUGGGUAGCUCAGUAUAGAAAAUGACUAAACCUCUACUGAAAAUGCAUUAUAAAUAUGUUUUUCCCUGAAGGUGACUAAUUUUCCUCCCAAACUUGGGCAGGGCAGGGACCCAAAACUGAAUGCAAAACUAUAUGCCCCUCCCAUGGACCCUGAGAAAAAUAGAUCAAUUGGAAUAUGGUCCACUUUGCACUUUUGUCAUAUAUUUUGUGAUUGUGCAUCUAAAGCUCAAAGAACUUAAACCAUGAUAUUGGUACAAUAGUGCUUGGGGUGAAAAGUCCAUAUAAUUAGUUAGAAAAGUGAGCAAAAUACAGCAUAAAAAGCAAGUGGAUAGCAAAGUAAAUGUCGUGUUCAAGAAAAAUAUGCCACAAUUUGCUAUGCAUGUCACAUACAGAUGUUUGGUAGUUUCCUUUAAGGUUGUGCUUGCUAGCAUGGUUUAUAGCAAUUCACAAGUGCAAAUAAAAAUUCCAAUACAGAUGCAAAUUUGUAAUAAAUACAUUUUAUAAAUUUUUCAGUAAAAGAGUUCCAAAAUAAAAUUAUUCCCUCUCUAUAUGGCAGCUAUUUCAGUGUAAUGUAUAUUUGCUAAAGGCAAAAGGGUACACCCAAUGCUUUUAGACAAUGAUGGUACACCUAGGAUACAUACCUAUGACUGAUGACUUUGCCCCAGGACACAUUCAGAUAAUAAGCCCCACUCUUUCCUCUGCUGGGUGCUGAGUCCAGACCUGUGUUACAUGCAAUGCAAAUGGGGCAGUGGCACUUUUAUAAAGCUCAAUAUGUAUCCCUUAAAGUCAAUUACAGAUAAGAGUAAUUUAUUUAGCACAGGGAAAGCAAGAUUAUUUUGCAUUUUUGACAAUCACACAGGGUUGACAUACCAAAAGGGAAGAUACAUGAAAGAUGCCUGACGUUUUUACGCCUGAAGAGCUGACAUCGUUGUUGAGGGGAAAGACUGUGGUGUACGUGGGAGACUCCAAUGUAAGGGGACUGUACAAAGACCUGGUCUGGCUGUCCAACAACUGCUCAUACACUCCUCUGAAAUUCCUGAAAGCCAAGCUGGAGCAGAGUUUCGCCGGCGACCGGCUGGUGGACGGGCUGAUGGCGUCCCGCGGCCGCGACUACCGCGAGGUGCGUCACUACAGCUCGCCCAACGGCCUCCUCAACGUCUGCUUCAUGUUCUGCACGCGCAUCUACUCGGCUUACAUGCGCGGGCUGCUGGACCAGAUGCGCCAGGCGUCGCCCGACCUCGUCGUCGUCAACAGCUGCGUCUGGGACAUUUCCAGGUGGGGCCCGCGGGGCGUCGAGGAGUACAAGGUAAACCUGCACCGGUUCCUGCAGCACGUGCAGCUGGCGGUGCGGCCGGACACCAUGCUGGUGUGGCUGACGGCCAUGCCGGUGUCGUCCGAGCCGCGCGGAGGCUUCCUCAUCAAACAGGUGGAGUUUCUGCGCCACACGCUCCGCUUCGACGUGAUGGAGGCCAACAGCUUCUGCGCCGGCGUGGUGCGCGAGUUCGGCUACGACGUGCUGGACGUGCACUACCAGUUCCGCUGUCUGAUCCACCAUCGUAACCGGGAUGGCAUCCACUGGAGUCCCAGGGCCAUCCGCGCCACCACCAACAUGCUGCUCACCCACAUCUGUCUGUCGUGGAACCGUCACCCGCCGGGACGGGGUCCUGGCCGCCUGCUGCGGCGCGCCGCCGCCGAGUCGUGCCUCUCUCCGGACGCCAUACAGGACAUCAGCGGCCGCCCGCUGACCGCCGGCCAGCUGGCGGCGGCUCGCUACGUGCGCGGCGACCAGGCGCCCGGCACCCGCUAGGGGGCGCCGCCAGGGGUGCCGCGGGGCGCAGCUCCGGACGGGCCGGCCUGCGGUCCGGGGCGCGGCUCGGCGGAGUGACACCGGAGGAAGAGGCGUGAGGGGAGCUGGCUCUCGGCGGGAGGUGAUCUCGCUCUCCGGUGGGGCGAGGAGGGAGGGGCUGGGCUGGGCCGCCAGUGCAGCCAGGGGAAGAUCAAAGAGGACGGCGCAGCGCGCGGUGAGAGCGUAGAGAGAGAGAGAGCCUCGGCGCUGAGUUCGGCAACAUGCAGACGUACCCUCAUAACAGAGCUGUGUUAGCCAAGAAGUGCUUUCAUUGUGUAUGAACAUUCGCUGCAGUUUUGCGUCAUUCCAUAACAGUUGUAACGUAACUCAGAAGGUCUCAUUUGUAGCGUUCGUGCUUCCCGCACGUUUUCUGACGGACCCAAGCGUGCGACGUCUUUUUAGAAUGUUUGUGUUGAUGUCAGUGAGCUACGCGCAUAGCAGAGACAAGUGUGGAACUCUGCGUAAGGCUCGGGGCCUGGGCUCUCCCAAAGCUGAAAGCCGCUCCUGCGGUACUGUGCCAUGGGCCCUGGGCGGAAGCGUGACAAGUGGUAAUAGCCGUGGACCCCAGCAAUGAUUGUCAGUGAGUGCAGCUACGCGAUGUGCCAACAACUGAAGCAACUGUGAUCUCCAGGCGGUCUGCCGCGGCGGCUGUGGCCAAGCUCGGGUAAAACUUUUGAUAAAUAAAUGCUGCGCAAGCGUGCCCAGAUGUGGAAAGUGUUCCUGUGCGACCGG